AUGCGCUGUAAUGAUUAUGAUAACUCCGGCAGUUCUUCCUUUAGUAGAGUAGUGAGAAAAUCAGAUGCGGAGGAAAAUUUGUUGCAACAUAAGGAAAUCGGUAGCUGUAAACUAAACGGCAAGAGAAAAGCUUAUACAGAACGUGGAAAGGUAUACGUAAGCUGUUCAUUUAUUGAGGUAUCUCUUUCUGAAAUAGAAAUCGAUAUCAGAAGAAAAAUUGAGAAUGCAGAGCAAUUGAGAGACAUAACUAGGAAUAUUCUCAGAAGUAAAACCUGUUCUUUACAUGAGAUUGUUUCGUCAAAAAAUGGUGUAACUAGUGCUUGCAACUUUGAGAAAGUUUCCCCUAGCUCUGAGGUGAAGGAUACCGGAAGUGACUGCAGUCAUGCACAGGUAAGUGAUGGGUCCACCAGUUUCACGAAAAGGUGCAGUAAAAAGACUGCGAGUCGCCCUAAAAGGGAAAAAAGGCAGACAAUUCUUCCAAGUGGUGAGAUAAAGAAAUGUGCCAAAUGUAAAGACACCUGGACUAUUCAAUGGCGAAGCGGUCCUGAUCAUAACAGGGAACUUUGUAGCCCAUGUGGACUCGCCUAUGGCAAAAGACUGAAGAAGGAAGAUAAUGAGAAAAAACGACAAGAAAUGGAUGAGAAAAAAAGAGGAGGUUCCUCGAUAUGA